UUGUGUAGAAACCAAGAAAAAGGAGGACAAUGGACACAUGGAAGUUUUGGACCCAUUUUUGAGUAAAUUGCAACUACUGCUGACUUCUGUUUUAUCUCUUAUGUUUUAACUGUUCAUUGAUCUGCCGCCUUUUCUCUAACGCCUGAAUCUCCGAGAGACGAUCCAUGGAGUUCACAGGGAAACCCACCAAGACGAUAACCCAUUACGACAAGCUAAUUCGGACAUGAUCACCAAUCCUCCCAUGGAGCUCGACCUCAACUCCUUCCUCGACUCGCAACUCUCCAGCGACGACGACGACGGCGGCGAUCUCACCUCAAUUGCCCACCGCACGAUCGACGAGAUCCUCAACGACUCCGAUUCCUCCGCCUCGUCGUCUCCUCCUCCGUCCCCGCCGCGCCGCUCCUCCUACGACGCCGUUUCGGUCUCCGCCUCGAGGCUCUCGUCGGAGUCUUCGAUUGACGAGGCUCGCAGGUCCCCUCAAUUGGAGGAAAGGCCGGUCGGAUCGAGGACCGGUUCGUCUGCGCGGUUCAAGUCGGCCGGAGAACCCUCGUCGUCGCCGGAGGAUUUGUUUCGUAGGGCUUCGAAACCCUUGCCAUCGCUGUUUGGAGGCGUCCGUUCCAAUGCGAAGCCCGGGGCGGCGCUCGCAGCGGCGGCGGCGGCCUCGAGGUCCGUUCCGUCGCCUCACGCCGCCGCAAUCAAGUCAAGGAGGAGUCUUGGGAGUAGUGAGGGUUUGAGGAAGGUUCUUGACGGCAGGGAAUUGAGGUCUACACUCGGUGAUGACUCCGAGGCUGCUUCUGAUGAAUUGCCAUCCAAUUCGAAUGGUGAUUUGAAGAUAAUUAGCUCGGAAAUUAGUCAAGAUAGUAAUGGCGAUGAGAUAACGGAUGGUUUGCGGACAGUGGUAGCUGACAUUGGCAGUGAAAUUUUGAGUAGAGAUAGGGUUUCUGAGAGUUCCCUCGAGGGAGAUGAAGUUCUAAACAAGGCCAAAGACAAUGAAUCGAGGGUUGAUAAUACUGGUGAGGGAUUGUUGGACGCCGAUAUUGAACCUCAGAUUGAUUCUACCCUAGUCAAUAGCGGAAAGGAUGUUGAUUGUCAAAAGAAUUCUGCGGUUACAUUUGUGGACGAUGUUGAAACGAGUAAUUUGGAGUCUAAAUCUGAUUCUGCUGAGGAAAAUGGCCUGGAUGAAAGAUCAAAAUUUUUGGAUGUCAGUGAUGAUAAUGAAAAUGGAUGUUCCUCUUCUUUGCCUAAUACUGAUAACAAUGGUAAAAUGGGUGAGGAAUUGACAUCAGUGGAAUUGGAAACAGAAGAUUCGUUAGAAAAGUUUGCUUCUUCCAAUGAUAAUAAUGAGGAUCUUACUGGUGACAAUGCUGGUUCAACGAGUGACAUUGAUGAACUUGUUGAAGAGAUAAUUGGGCAGUUGGAGAGUAGGAGAAGUAGUGAAAGACCAGAAAAGAAAAUGAGAUCUCGCUUGAAGCCGCUCGAGUUAGCUGAAGAACUCGAGAAGAAACAAGCUUCAACGGGUUUGCACUGGGAAGAGGGUGCGGCUGCGCAACCAAUGAGGCUUGAGGGUGUUCGUAGGGGAUCCACAACACUCGGAUACUUUGAUGUUGCUGCCAACAAUACCAUUACACGGACCAUUUCAUCUCAGGCAUUCAGGCGCGAUUAUGGUUCACCGCAAACCUUGGCAGUUCAUGCUAAUUAUAUAGCUGUAGGAAUGGCAAGAGGGGUUAUUGUUGUAGUUCCCAGUAAAUACUCUGCUCAUAACGCUGAUGAAAUGGAUGCCAAGAUGGUCAUGCUAGGGCUGCAAGGUGACCGAUCUUACUCUGCUGUAACUUCUAUAUGCUUCAAUCAGCAAGGGGACCUUCUCCUGGCUGGUUAUGGUGACGGCCAUGUUACAGUUUGGGAUGUGCAGAGAGCCUCAGCGGCAAAAGUUAUUACCGGAGAGCAUACUGCACCAGUUGUACAUGCGUUAUUUCUAGGGCAGGAUUCUCAGGUUACACGUCAAUUUAAGGCAGUAACUGGGGAUUGUAAGGGUCUGGUUCUGUUACAUGGUCUGUCAGUGGUUCCUUUGCUUAAUAGAUUCUCUAUUAAAACACAGUGUCUUCUUGAUGGGAAAAGAACGGGCACAGUGCUAUCUGUUUCGCCACUCCUCUUUGAUGAACCUUUUGGAGGUGCUUCACCAUCUGCUCAGGGAAAUACAAUGGGUUCAGCUAGCAGCAUCGGCAGUAUGGUGGGGGGUGUGGUUGGGGGAGAUGCAGGCUGGAAACUGUUUAAUGAAGGCUCUUCUUUGGUUGAAGAAGGUGUGGUCAUCUUCGUCACGCAUCAAACUGCUCUGGUGGUGAGACUCAGUCCCACUUUGGAAGUCUAUGCACAACUUUCUAGGCCAGAUGGGGUUCGGGAGGGUUCCAUGCCGUACACUGCCUGGAAAUGCACAGCACAAUCGGAUAAUUUGUCUACUGAAAAUACUCCCGCUGAAGCUUCAGAAAAAGUUUCACUGCUAGCAGUUGCUUGGGAUCAUAAAGUUCAGGUCGCAAAGUUGGUCAAAUCAGAGCUAAAAGUAUAUGGAAGAUGGUCUCUCGACAGUGCAGCUAUAGGUGUUGCUUGGUUGGAUGAUCAGAUGCUGGUGAUUCCAACUGUUACAGGACAACUUUAUUUAUUCGCAAGGGAUGGAACUAUGAUUCAUCAAACAAGUUUUGUUGUUGAUGGUUCUUCUGGGGAUGAUCUUGUUUCUUAUCAUACAUACUUCAAUAACGUCUUUGGGAAUCCUGAAAAGGCUUAUCACAAUUGCUUAUCUGUAAGGGGAGCAUCUAUCUAUAUUCUUGGACCAGCACAUCUUAUUGUGCCCCGUCUUCUCCCUUGGAAAGAACGGAUUCAGGUCUUACGGAGAGCGGGUGAUUGGAUGGGUGCCUUGAACAUGGCAAUAACAAUUUAUGAUGGUCAAGCACAUGGUGUUAUUGACCUUCCUAGGACCUUGGAUGCUGUACAGGAGGCCAUUAUGCCCUACCUGGUAGAGUUGCUUCUCUCUUAUGUAGAAGAAGUAUUUUCCUAUAUUUCAGUGGCGUUCUGCAACCAAAUUGAAAAAAUGGAUCAAUUUGAUCACCCAAACAGAAAAGGCAGUUGUGUGCACCAUGAAAUAAAAGAGCAAUAUACCCGUGUUGGUGGAGUUGCAGUUGAAUUCUGUGUACAUAUCAAGAGAACUGACAUCCUUUUUGAUGAAAUUUUCUCAAAGUUUCUAGCUGUCCAACAGAAAGAAACAUUUCUGGAACUACUGGAACCAUAUAUAUUAAGGGACAUGCUCGGUUCUCUACCCCCAGAGAUUAUGCAAGCCCUCGUGGAGCAUUAUAGUGGCAAAGGGUGGUUACUGCGAGUUGAACAAUGUGUCCUUCACAUGGAUAUUUCUUCCUUGGAUUUCAACCAGGUUGUGAGGUUAUGCCAGGAGCAUGGAUUGUAUGGUGCACUGGUUUAUCUCUUCAACAAGGGAUUGGAUGAUUUCAGGGCACCUUUAGAGGAGCUCCUGGGAGUCUUACACAAGAGUCAAAGAGAGGCUGCUGCUGCCCUUGGAUAUAGGAUUCUCGUUUAUUUGAAGUACUGCUUUUCAGGCCUUGCUUUUCCUCCAGGACAUGGUAAACUUCCUCCUUCACGCCUGCCAUCUCUCAGAGGAGAACUUCUGCAAUAUUUAUUACAGGACUCUGAUACCCUUAAUCCUAGAGUAGGUUCAAACUUAUCAUCGAGAGGGGCACAUCUAAACCUGUAUCCCCUCUUAGAACUAGAUACUGAAGCUACUCUAGAUGUCUUGAGAUGUGCUUUUGUAGAAGAUGAAAUCCCACAGCCUGGAUUUUUGUCUGAAAAUUCAGCUGAUCCCAGUAUGGAAGCGAAGGAAGAGAACCUUUCAAUGGCUGAAAGUCGGAAUUUUUUGGUUCAGAAUACAGUAGAUGCUCUCGUUCGUAUUCUUGAUAGGAACUUUUCAGAUGCAGAUAGAUCUUCUUGUGGUGAUGACGGGGCAUCAGUCGAAGAGUGGCCAUUUAAGAAAGAAAUAGGACACUUAUACGAGUUUAUUGCACACUAUGUUGCAUGUGGAAGAGCUAAUAUAUCAAAAAGAGUUCUCGGUCAGAUUUUAGAGUAUUUGACAUCAGAGGAUUUUCCAUCGAGUGCUUCUGAACAUAGCGUAAUCUCAAAAAGGAGAGAGAAGCAGGUCCUUUCCCUUGUGAAGGCAGUGCCUGAGACUUAUUGGGAUGCCUCUUAUGUGUUACAGCUAUGUGAGAAAUCACGUUUUAACCAGGUUUGUGCCCUAAUUCAUACAAUGAGGCGUCAGUAUCUUGCUGCUUUGGAUAGCUACAUGAAAGAUGUAGAUGAACCUGUUCAUGCCUUCUCCUUUAUUAACAAAGCGUUAUUAGAGCUGAAUGACGAUGACCGUGCUGUUUUUCGUUCAGCAGUCAUUAACCGUAUUCCUGAAUUGGUUAACCUAAACAGAGAGGGCACUUUUGUCUUGGUUGUUGACCAUUUCAGUGAUGAGCUCCCACAUAUCCUAUCUAAGCUUCACACUCACCCAAAAAGCCUUUUCCUUUAUUUAAAAACAUCUGUAGAGGUACACUUAUCUGGCAACCUCAACUUUGAUUAUCUAAAAAAGGAUGAUAUGAAGGAUAAGUCCGAAGGACUUGAGGCCUACUUGGAAAGAAUCUCUGAUUUCCCAAAGUUUCUGCGUAACAAUCCUGUACAUGUGACAGAUGAUAUGAUUGAACUUUAUCUUGAGCUAUUGUGCCAGUAUGAACCUGGUUCAGUUCUCAAAUUCCUUGAGACUUUUGAUAGCUAUCGCGUGGAACAUUGUUUACGGCUAUGCCAGGAACAUGGAAUAAUAGAUGCUGCAUCAUUCUUAUUGGAAAGGGUUGGUGAUGUUGGCAGUGCUCUUUUACUUACACUUUCUAGCCUCAACGACAAGUUUGUCAAGCUUGCUGAUGGUUUAGGAAGUGGGACUGCUGGCUUAGAGCAUUUUAGCACUAUUAAAAAUCUGGACAAGGUGAAUGAAAUACAAAGUAUAUUGCAUUCCUGUAUUGGAUUGUGCCAACGGAACACCCCUCGUUUGAAUCCUGAAGAAUCAGAGAUACUAUGGUUCAGAUUACUAGACUCGUUUUGUGAGCCUUUGAUGGGUUCAUUUGGUGAUGGAAGAGACUCUGAAGGAAGAAAUCUCAAUGGAAACUUAGCUGAGACGUCAAGUGAACAAGAUGAUGAUGAUGAUGCAUCCAUAAUCAGGUGGAGGAUUCCUAGAUCCCACAAAGGUGCUAAUAUCUUGAGGAAAUUGUUCUCUCAGUUCAUCAAGGAGAUUGUUGAGGGCAUGAUUGGAUAUGUUCGCCUUCCGAUCAUCAUGUCCAAACUCCUUUCUGACAAUGGUAGCCAGGAAUUUGGUGACUUUAAAAUCACGAUACUGGGGAUGCUUGGAACAUAUGGCUUCGAAAGAAGAAUUCUGGACACUGCUAAAUCCUUGAUAGAAGAUGACACUUUCUAUACAAUGAGUUUACUCAAGAAAGGAGCAUCUCACGGGUAUGCCCCUCGUAGUCAACUUUGUUGUAUAUGUAAUGGUCUCCUUGCCAAGAACAUUUCUAGCUCCAGCAUUCGAGUUUUCAGUUGCGGUCAUGCAACUCAUCUUCACUGUGACGUUUUGGAGAAUGGCACAUCGAGUGUUGGCUCCUCAUCAUUUGGAUGCCCUGUUUGUAUGCCUAAGAAGAAAUCCCAGAGGUCUAAAAGUAAAUCGACCCUUGUGGAGAACGGCCUAGUAAAGAAGUUACUGUCAAAAUCCCAGCAAACUCAUGGAACAACUGUUUUCCCACAUGAAAUUGAUGCCUCAGACUAUUCCUAUGGACUCCAGCAAAUAUCACGAUUUGAGAUGUUGAACAUGUUGCAGAAGGAACAAAGAUUUGUCCAGGUGGAACACAUGCCUCAGUUGAGGCUUGCCCCGCCGGCCCUUUAUCAUGAAAAGGUAAAGAGAGGGGAUGAUAUUUUAACAGGAGAAAGUAGUAGUAAUACAGCAAGAACGGAAAAACAGAGUAGAAACAAGCAACUCAAGGACCUAAAAGUGAAGGGAUCGUCUCUUCGAUUUCCUUUGAAAUCAAAUAUAUUUGGCAAGGAGAAGAUCAGCAAGAGGUGAUGCCAUUUUCUUGUACAGAAUACAGAUAGACUAACAAUACUCAUUUCGGCCUGCCGUCCAUCAUGUGUAAUAGCUGAGGAUCAAUUUACAAAAGUCCAUGUUGGC